GCCGACCGCGUCUGCCUGUGGACGUAGAGGAGGCACGGCAACGUCUCUCCCGAGCCUUCGUCGACGCAGAGGCUGCGACCGGAGCGCGAUGGACGUUCUGGGGGAAACUGCACAUUACAGCUCCCCGCGGGUGGUUUUCUCCGUAGUGCUGAAAUGGAUUUCGUUGGCAUCGCUCCUGCUUGGCUGGCCCGAGCUACGCCAGAGGACCCUGGCUUCUACCAGGAUCAAGUGUUACACGCUGCUGGACAUUGCGUACCUGAGCCUCGUGGGCCUCUCCUCGCUGGCAGCGCUGACGCGGAGCGGCCAAGUGGCAUCCGUUGACGACGGGACCGCGCACUCGGCUAAGCACUCGUCGCAGGACGUCUUGUCCGGCAUCGCAGCCGCGGCUGCCCUGCUGGGCCUCGGCUUCAUCUCGCUCGUCCGCUUCAAGAACGGCCAGUCGGUCUCCGGCUUCGUCUGGGCCGUGCUGGGGAUGCUGAGCACCGCAAGCGUGGCAGACUUCGCAGGACGCUACCGGGCGCUGUACUUCGUCGACCAGCACCACGGCAUCGUCCUGUCCGACGCCGGCUACGCUCCUUCUCUGGUGGUGACGGAGGCAGUGUCGAUGUUCUGCGUCCUGGGCACCUUCUGCAUCAUGGGAGUACGCGGCAAGGUCUACUACAACAAGUUCAGGGGCACGCUCCAGAAAUCGAUGAACGAGGACACAAGGUCGCCACUGGGGGUCUUCGUAUGCUCGGUGCUGUUCAGGCACCUGAAGAACGUCGUCCUGCUGGGCAAGGCUGUCUACCGGGACCUGCCGAUCGCGAGUCCACGCAUGAAGAGCGCUCCUCUCGCCCGGGACGUCUGCGGGCGAUUGUCGCGCGUGCAGAUCACACAGAGGCUCACGAGGUGGCGGCUCUUCUACGCCGUCAUGCGAACUGUUUGGGAUGACCUGUUCUGGACCAUGCUGACCACGAUCGCUUACUACGUCAACGUGCUGGGAAAGGUCCCGCUUCUGGAGCGUCUGGUGGAGGGCGGUGAAGAGGUGACGGUCACCACGUGGCUCUUCGUGUCGUCCUGCAUUGCGGACACGCUGCUAGCCUGCUACCAGAUGCACACCUGCUUCCGGCUCGGCAACCGCGUCCGCUGUCUCCUCCUGGGCGCCAUCUUCAGGAAGAUGGUGCGGCUCUCGCCCCGCGCCCUGUCUCGCAACUCUUCCGGCUACGUGCUCGCCCUGCUCGGAGGCGACUGCCUGCAGAUCUGCAUCGCCUGCACCCAGUUCCCGCUGCCCACGACCGGCACCCUGCUCCUGCCCGUCAUCAUCUACCUGCUCGGACUGCGAGUGGGGGCGGUGGCGGCUCUGUUCACGGCUCUGUGGCCCGUGGUGGCCCUGACGCUCGUCUGGCCAGCGACCGUGCUCCAGGACCAACUCUGGGACAACGUGCUGAGCCUGCGUGACGAGCGGCUCCGGCAGACCUCCGACCUGCUGAGCUCGGUGCGGCUGGUGAAGAUGUACGCGUGGGAAGACGCCUUCUCGUCGGCCAUCAGCCGACUGCGGGCCAAGGAAGAAGCGGCCAGCCACAAGGUCAACGUGCUCGACGGGCUCAUCGACUCCAUCUACACCUCCUCGGCAUCACUGAUGACGAUCCUGCUGUUCUCCUCCGUGGCCUUCCUCGGAGAGGCGCCCGCUCUCACUCCGGCGGUGGCCUUCUGCUGCCUGUACCUGAUCUCGGCCACCGACCUCGUCACCAGUUCAACGUCGCAGCUGCUUCGAAGCCGAAGCGUUGUAGGCUUGGCGAUGCUAAGGUACUGCGCAUUCUUCAGCGAAGAAGAGCAACAAGACAGGCCGCCCUGUUUUCUCGAGACGAAAGCCGCCAAAGGCGAGGUGUUCAUCGAGAAGUGCAACUUCAGCUGGGACCCGGACAAGCAGGGAUUCGGCCUCCGCGGCAUCUCGGUGCAGAUCGAGCCAGGCUCCCUGGUGGGCGUGGUUGGAUUCGUAGGUUCCGGCAAGUCAUCGCUGCUGGCUGCCAUCUUGGGAGACAUGAUGCGCACCCGAGGGUGGCUCGACGUCGGCGGGAAGGUCGCGUACGCCUCGCAGACCCCGAGCAUCUACAACAUGAGCGUGCGGGACAACAUCCUGUUCGGCCUCAAGCUGGAGCCCCUGCGUUACCUGACCGUCCUCAAUGCGUGCGAGCUGCAGACUGACCUCGCCUCUUUCCCCGCGGGGGACCUCACCGAGGUGGGAGAGAAGGGUACAACCCUGAGCGGAGGCCAGCGGCAGCGUGUCGCCCUCGCUCGGGCUGUGUACAGCGACUCCGACGUGUACCUCUUCGACGACCCCCUCAGCGGGCUCGACGCUCAGGUGGCAUCCAGGGUGUUCAGGCAGGUCAUGGGACCGCAGGGACUGCUCCGCAGGAAGACUCGCGUCCUUGUCUGCAGUCAAGGGAACCUGCUGAAGCACGUGGAACGUAUCCUGCUGGUGCACGACAGGCGCGUCUUCAGCUUUUCGAACCUGAGCUCGCUGCUGCUCGACCCGAACGCCCCGCAGACGCUGCGAACCAGUCAGGUCCAGCAGACAAUGCCCGUGCAGACGACGAAAAGUACCCGAAAGAACCGUGCUGAUUCCGGUCAAGAAAUACACCGAGGAAAGGUUACCAUCGAUGAAAGCUUACAACCGCAAAAGAGCUCGCUGGAGGUGGUGCGCCGCCUGCUGGCCUUCUCGGGCACGUGGAGCUGGGUGGCCAUACUGCUGUUCGUGGCGUGCGCCGGCGCAGUCGCCGGCCAGCAGUUCCUCAUCCGCGGCUGGACCGACGCCGUGGCGAGGAGGGGUGCGGACGAGGACGGGAGCCGUGCGGACGCCGCCUGGGUGGCCGGGCUCGUCCUCGUCUCCCUGUGCGACGUGAUGUUCCGCUGCCUGGGCGUCGUGGCGCUGGCGUGGGGCAACCGGCGGCUCUCGCACCGCCUCCACGCGAACAUGCUGAGCCGGCUGCUGUCGAGCCCGACGUCCUUCUUCGACGCCACCCCGCGGGGCCGCAUCGUGACCCGCUUCUCGCUCGACCUGUACGCCGUCGACCUGCGGCUCUUCCUGAGCGGCAAGCAGUGCGUCCAGAACGUGCUCGUCGCGGUGGGCAAGCUCUGCGUGGUCGCCAGCCAGGCGUCGGUCGUCGUCCUCGUCGGGGCCGUCGGCGCGCUCGUCACGCUCGUGGCACUGGUGUACAGCGUCCGCGCCGCGUCGCUGGUGCUGCACACGGAGGCGGCGCUGGUGGCCCGGGCCAUGCAGCACGUGGUCGAGACCCGGGACACCCUGAGCACCGUGCGCAGUUUCGGCGCCGUGGGCCGCUUCUGCCGCCUCUACUGCCGCCUGCUGGACGCCGAGGCCAGGGCGUUCGGAGCGUACCUCGCCUCGUACCGGGUCACCCGCUGCCUGGCCGCCCUGGCGGGACUCGGGGUGGUGCUGGCCACCCUGGGCUUCACGCUGGCCGCCAGCGGCGGCGACGGCACCGGAAGCAGCAAUGUCGGACUGGCCCUCAGCUCGGCGCUGUCGAUACCGAUCCUGAUGAUGUCCAUCACGCUGUCGUUGUUCGCCGUCCUGCAGCUGCUGGUGCAGUUUCAGAGGGCUCUGGAAUACACCGAACUUCCGCAAGAGGAGAAUGAUCCGGAACCCCACAAGAGGCCCUCGCUGCAAUUCCGGCGCCGCUACAGUAACACGAUUAUCCUCGAAGAACUCUGGCCAACGAGAGGGAGAAUUGAGUUUCAGCGCUACACGGCCUCCUAUCGGCCAGGCGUGCUGCCCAACGUGCUGAUCAGGGUCAACUUCGUCGUCGAAGGUAGCGAAAAGGUGGGCGUGGUGGGUCGCACGGGAGCCGGCAAGUCGUCGCUGGUGCAGGCGCUGCUCCGGGUGCUGGUGCCCACCGAAGGGCGCAUCCUCGUGGACGGCGUGGACAUCUCCUCGCUGAAGCUCAAGAAGCUGCGUUCCGCCGUCACCGUCAUACCGCAAGACCCCACGCUGGUCACGGGAAGCCUGCGGGACAACCUGGACCCCACGCGCAGCCACACUGAUGCCGAGGUCUGGGACGCACUGAGAAAGUCCCACCUGGGCGAGUUCGUGUCCCGGAACCCGCACGGCCUCGACCUCGCCGCGGGAGAGGGCGGCGCAAACCUCAGCGUGGGCCAACGCCAGCUGGUGUGCCUGGCGCGCGCCCUCUUGCGGCGCCCCAAGAUCCUGUUGCUGGACGAGGCCACGUCGCAGAUGGACGGCGACACGGACCGGCUCAUACAGAGCACGCUGCGCCAGUGCUUCGCCGGCUGCACGCUGCUGGCCAUCGCGCACCGGGUGAACACCGUGCUGGACUACGACAAAAUCCUGGUGAUGGCGGGCGGCGAGGUGGCCGAGUUCGGUCCCACCAAGGCGCUGCUGGAAGAUCCGGCCUCGCUCUUCCACGGGAUCGCCAGGGACGCCGGCGCCAUACCCCCGAACGGCGUGACCAACGCCGUCUCGGCCGAGCCCGCCGUCUCGGUGCCGAGACCGCGUUCCAGUUUCGUCGCGGCGCGCAUCCUGAGCAGUGUGCCGCAGGCCUGACGGCCGCAGCUGCGCACUGAAUGCCAUGUUUUCUCGUUCAUUUUUUUUUUCUCGGAGGGUGCCGGUGGAGGUGUACGCUAGGGAUGUGCGGAUAUUUGAGAAAAAGAAAUAUCGAAUAAGGGAUCGAACGGCGUCGUAUUUCGCGAUCCGGUAUACGCCGCAGCGUAUUAAGCUUUGGGGUGUACGUCAGAGAACCCGGGUGGUCAUACUUAAUCCGGAGACACCUACAGUGCACGGCGGCUCCAAUAGACUCGGCGUUAUUUCGGCACAUUAAACCUUAUAAAUGUGAAGCGGCAGCCCAUCGGUGUGACUUGGGGACGAGAGAGCGUCUGCGUCGAGCCGAAGGCGCUGCCGCUAUACAAUUCACCUGAUUCAGUCUGUGAGUCUAGUCAGCAUUUGUAAAAAAAAAUGAAUAGUUUUAGAACAGUUUAUACGCCCAAACGUACGCUGUAAAACAUAAAUUGAAGCCAAAUCGCGACAAAUUUAGUCCCGGCUGCCAUAGCAAAUCUUGGACACGAGAAGUUGCGUCGUGGAGCGAAUUACGCUAUGCAUCGCUAAGGGAACCCUUGAGGGUUCCCUUCUAACCGCACGAUCGGUUUUACUCGCUGAAGGGCCCUGGGUGUCGGAAGAAAUUGCUUAGUUAAUCCAACUGCCUCCCCCCCCCCCUCCUAAAUAAAUUUCAUUCAGUAAUGCUAUAUUUACAUGUAGUUUAUCGAAAAACAGAGCGUGGCAAAAUUAAAAAAAGAAAGCAGUCCUUCAUAACGUGCAAAGCUAUCGUAAAAAUUUGCUAACGUUGUGAGUACCCUAUGGUACGAACACCUUUUUUGCAUUAAUUGUGAAAAACGCCGGUUUUUCUCGUUCAAAAAUUAUUCGACAUUCCAUUCACCUUCGCCCAAUUCUCGCGCUAUUCGAUCCGUAUUGCGUUCGACCGGAAAAAUUACUAUGCCUGCCACCCCUAGCGUACAUGGAAUCGCUUCGACGUGCCCUGCCUCAAAAUUUAACGAUAUGGACGCAAUUAAGCAGGACUGUCGGCUGCGUUCUCGGUGCUGGCCAGAGUGUGAAAGCGUCGUCCAGGAGCCAAAUUUUGAGGCGGACGGCGAAUGACCUGCCGGUCUGUCAGAAAUCGCUAGAAUCCCACAAUGCAUGCGGCCGGUGCCACACAUAGCAUGGCGAUGCUUUGCGACGCAAAGCGGCGCUCAUGUUUCAAUAAGCCUGAAGCAAGUGACGGUGUCUUGAUGGUUGGCACGUGGAAAGCGUACCCAUUCCAGAAGAUGAUCCGGAUUAGUGCACUGAGUGAUGGAUGAAAUGCAUAAUAAAAAAGAGCUCGUUCGUUGAAGUCACUCUCUGCUAUGGACAAAUGUCAAAACUAAACGGUUAGUUAUUUAUUUGCAAAUACUGUCAGCUCCAUCAGGGACAGCAACGUGAAGGGCAUCUUCGUAGGAUAACCAAUGCAUACAGG